UGGUAAAGGGUGCGGGAGAAAUCCUCGUUCUCCCCGCAGAAAUACUGACAUUCUAUCGGACAUGGUUCUUUCAUAAACUAGGUCAUAAAACAAAACGCAGUUAUUUUGCAGUAAUUCCGGAAUAUACACUACUAUCGUGCGUAUCAUCUGUUAUGGAUACAGAAACAUUGUAAUUUUCUUCUGGCACAAUCUGCCCUCAAGGAAGUUAUCAUGGUUCAUUCCAGCCCACUGGAGCUAAUAGAAGCAGAGAGAUGGAGAUGAUUGUGUCCUGCUAGAGCCUUCUUGCUAAUGUAGCCUCCCUGUGUGUGAGGAUACGACUCUGUCUACUAAGAGGUUCAGACUUUUAUGGCACAGGUGGUAGUGCACUUACCUCGCAACCAUAGUGUUGCUGGUUCAAGCUCUGACUGUCAGAGGAGGUGUGAGAGAGCCAUGCGUGGUGGUGGUGGGGGUGGCAGGGGGCUGUGGCAGGGCAGCGAGGCCCAAAGGAGAGAGGAGCACAGAGCUCAGGCUCGCCUGCAGGGGGGGUUACAGAGACUGGAGCAGGCCACGAGCUACCACCUCAACACACUCACCACAGAACAACGAAGACUACACAGAGACCUGCUCAACAUCAGGACCGGUAACCCCUGGAGGAGGAGCCUUCACCCUCUGGUGUCGCAACCUGUCAACCCUGACCCCUCCCAUCUCUCCAUGCCCUGCAGGACUACCCUACCCACAAUCUCACGGGCCACCAGACACCCAAAGAAACACAGGUCAGUGAAAGCUGUGUGUGGGGGAGUGUCUGGUCUGGCUGCACUCCAGGCCCGGGUCCAUGGCUUCCUCUGCAGCUCUGCAGACCCACAGAGACAGGGGGCAGAGAGCUCAGUGGCGCCACUCUGCCUGCCAGACCUCAAACUGCAGCCUGCAGCAGAAUUGACCAGCACUGGGCUGGGGGAGAGAGGGGAAGUGGAAGGGAGGGAGGGGAGAGCUGAGAGAGAGAGAGAAUAUGUGAGGGGGAGAGAGGGGAGGGCAACGAGAAAGAAGGAGGAAGAGAACGGGAGGACAGACAGAGAGAAAGAGGAGUAUUAUCCUCUCCCUCCUCCCCCCUCCGACGUCCUCGCUGCUGAUGGUCGGCCCAGAACGCUCCACCUCCUGCCUGAUUUCAACCAAUCACUGGCCGAGGCUCGUAAAGCUCGCUACAUCCGUUACCGAGGUCGACCCCCCUGCGAGAGGGAGCUGUCAAUCACUGAGAUAUUCGCCAGGGGCAACACAGGUUCCAUCCACAGAUUCUGAAAAGAGAAUAACCCUGUAAGAUAGAACAAAUCCUGUGAGUGUGGCUAGUAGUGUGUGACUUUUCUUUUAACCUGGGACCUCCACGCAUGUGUUAGUCCAUUAAGCAAAAGCCUUAGUAUUUGCUCGGGGAGCUAUAGCAAGUCUUCAGGUCUCAGGCAAGGUUACUCAUCAUGCGAGCGUGGUUCAGCAAACCACUUCCGUUAUAUCAUGGACACCUCCAUAAACAUUAGAUCCAUUCCAACCUACUAUGUUUGGACUACAUUGUGUCAUACUGAACAGGGCUUUGAUCACUGAUACACCUGUUCUGUGCCAAACUGACAAUGCAUCUUAUUCAGUGUUUCUAUUUUAUUAGGCAAGUUAGUUAAGAACAAAUUAUUAUUUACAAUGACAGCCUACCAGGGAAUAGUGGGUUAACUGCCUUGUUCAGGGGCAGAACAACUGAUUUUUACCUUGGGGAUUCAAUCCAGCAACCUUUCGGUUACUGGCCCAACGCUCUAACCACGAGGCUUCCUGCCAACCUGUGAAUGUAUAUCUGUGAAUGUAGCAUUUGAGAUUUACUCAAUGUGAAAGUCCAUAAUAUCUAUUGUGUUAAAUCAUGUACCUGAUUGAAAUUCUCAACGUAUGUAAAGUAUAAUGUUUAAAACUGUUGGCUCAUGAAUCAUGAUUUAUGGUAAUAAAAUAGAGG